AUGGCUUCCCUGUGUAGGAUCGCGUCGCAAAGGGUGCUGCAAAAUGUAACUGUUUUCGGCCAAACGAAACUGAGAUAUGAAAAUCAUAGAGGCUUUUCAGGGUCUUCACAGCAGAAGGCCUCCAUGACGCCUGUUGGGUUCAUCGGCCUGGGUAACAUGGGCGCCCACAUGGCCAAGAACCUUAUAAAACAAGGCUACCCGCUCAUUGUUCAUGACGUUUACCCAGAGGCUGUCAGCGAGCUGCAAGGCAAGGGUGCACAGAUCGCUGACACGGCAGCAGAGGUUGCUGAGAAAGUUGAUCGUAUCGUGACCAUGUUACCGUCUAGUCCCAACGUUCUUGAGGCGUAUAACAGCAGGAAUGGCAUACUAUCAACUGUGAAAAAAGGCACUUUAAUCAUUGAUAGCAGCACCAUUGAUCCUUCAGUUGCAAAAGAUGUCGCUGCUCAAGCAGACAAGAAAGGCGCUGUGUACUUAGACGCUCCAGUAUCUGGUGGUGUGAAUGCUGCGCGGGACGCUGUACUGACCUUCAUGGUUGGAGGGAAGCCUGAAGAGUUUGAAGCAGCCAAGGAACUCCUACAAUGCAUGGGGAAGAAUGUAGUCAACACUGGACCAGUGGGUACCGGUCAGGCGGCCAAGAUAUGCAACAAUAUGAUGUUGGGUAUAGCUAUGAUAGGAACGUCAGAGACGAUGAAUUUGGGCAUCAGGUUAGGUCUUGACCCAAUGAUGUUAGCCCAGAUUUUAAACACCAGUAGUGGGCGUAGUUGGUCUAGUGACACCUAUAACCCAGUACCAGGGGUGCUUGAUGGGGUCCCCUCCAGCAAUAACUACAAGGGUGGAUUCAGUACAGCUCUCAUGACAAAGGAUCUCGGCUUAGCUCAGAACGCUGCGACCAACACAAAGACACCAACACCUCUAGGAUCAUUAGCUCAUCAGAUCUACAGAGUCAUGUGUAAUAAAGGCUACAGUCAUAAAGACUUCUCAUCUGCUUACCAAUACCUCAAAGAAGAAGAAUGAUUGCUUGCUCCAAGAAAUCAUCUCAACUCGACGAGAUGGCAGCUUGGAAAGGUUGGGUCGUAGAUUGGUAAAUAAUCCAAAAAUUAAUUUGAUAAAAACUUACUUGUAAGAAGCACUGCAGGUGUGUUGAUAGUAUCAACUAUUUUGAGAAAGAUUUUUCUUUCGAUAUAUUAUUUAUGGUUUGGAUAUUUUUCCUCCCAAAACAUAUGAAUCUGAGAUGCAUGGUUCUGAGAAAUGAACCAUGCGGUUUGUUUCUCAGAAUUCUAAAGGUUGACUGAUCGUAGACAUUUCUGUGAUGUACGUUCAUGAAUGCAGCAGCCAGAGAUGUGGUUCGUACUCACUGUCAACCUUGCUAGUUGUGGAAGAUUCAACGCUCUUGGUGUAAAUACCGUUGCAAUUAUUUUUGCUGAUUGCUCAUUCUCAGCAAGUAGACACUGUAUUCAACUGAAACUUUCACAGGUGACUUUUAUUGUAUCUGUGUUAAUAAUUCUGUCUAUAAUUCAGCUUUGGGUUGACACAAACCAAUCUAUGACCCGACUUUUAACUUCAAAGGAAGCAUUGUUCGUUUUGUUUAUACUUCACAUAAAAGUAAAUACAAAGCAAGUUUUGCCAAGGUUUUUCAUUGCAGGGCAAGGAUAUUUGUAAUUCGUGAAAAACAUGAGUCAGGCUUCAUCAAACCUGUUUGUCUUUAACACUUCACCUCAACACUGUGCACUGGUCAUACCACCCUGUUUAAAACCAAGAGAGACCGUGGGCAUUCCUUGGGCAUUCCUUGGGCAUUCCUUGGGCAUUCCUUGGGCAUUCCUUGGGCAUUCUUUGGGCAUUCCUUGGGCAUUCCUUGGGCAUUCCUUGGGCAUUCCUUGGCAUUUCCAGGCAGGCAAGAUACUAACAAGUUUAUGGUAAAUUUUACAUCAUGUAUAGUAAUGUCAACCUAAACUCAAUUUUUGUAAACAGCAGCUGAACAAGAUGUGCCAUUUUGUUAAAAUCAGGUUUGGAUGAAAAAAAUGCACGCUGCAAUCUCAAUAAAAUGUUAGAUUUUAUGUUUCCUACAAGUCCAGGCUUUGUGGCUCUUUUGUGUGGGUCGAUGACGAACUAUACCUUCCUCUCUCAGGUAUUGAAAGCCGUGAUAUGAUGGUCCCAAACUUUCAAGGAAUGGUAUUCUAAUAUCAUUCACCUCCACCUCCAAGACAAUUGUCAAAGUCAUGUGUCAGUUGAGGUGUGCCAAAUUUGAAGUGCUACACAAUAUAAACGUGAAUGUUUUGUAGAAAACGUACCUGAACUGAUGAUAGUUGCAGUUUUGUUGGUGCCUUUGCUUUUGGUCAGGGUCAAUUAAUGGUUUUAGUAAUAGAUUAUUGGAGGGGGUAUUGAAAACCAAAACUAGGUUAGAGUAGCUAGGAAUAUUAGGCCCUGAUCUUUCUCCAAAACUGAGUUACUAUUUUGUUACACUUACAUGGCAAAAUGGGUGAAAAUAAAACAGGGUUUAACAAAAUUACUUUUAAUCUUUAACAACUAAUCUUUGGUAUUUUAAAGGUAGUAUAGACUGUUUUUUGUUUGUUUAUUUUUCAUGCAGGAUGAAGGUUGGGGUUCAAUUCCACUUUCAAACUUGUGGGAAUUAUUUUAUUUAGGACUUGGCUACCUCUAUUAUGUAUUUUUUAAUGCUAUGUUAAUGCAUUCAAGGUACGGUUCAGGCCAAACUUAACAUCUUUUCAUUUAUUGGUGUAAAUUCCCACCCCUAUGAUACCCGCUUCUUGGCAAGCCUCGUAGGUUGAAUUUGUACUUUUUAUUCAAGUCGAAUUUUUUUUAUUUUCAGCUGUAACCGUAUGAAAUCUUGUAGAUACAUAUGCAAAAUCUCUCCAUAUUUUUAUGCAAAAUAAUAAUAAUGAAGUGUUUUCAUCAAUUUUAAGUCAGACAGUUUGACAAUUACAAGUUGCCUUGAUUGACUUUAUUGAUUUUAUAAUUAUGGUAUUGAACAAUCUUAAGUGUUCGUAAAUUUAGUUGAAAAUAUAAUUGCCCAGUUUCAUGGCUCUGUAAACAAGAAGAUUAGCACAUACAAUGGCAGACCAAUUCACACAAGAGAACUGUUGGUUUUUAGCUUGCGUUGCAAUCCCAAAGAUGCCAAAAUAUGUAUCUUGCAAUGAGGGAGAAUUCGUAAAUCAACCAGAUAGGACAUAAAUUCUCCUAACCAGAGAGAUUUAAGAAUUUGUUCAUCAGAACAUAGAAAGAUUUGUUUAUUUUCAGGGAAAUUCCUGCAGGAUCAUUGAGAGUUGGCAGAUCUGCAAUGCAUUCUCAAUUUUAGAAGCUAUUGCUGAAAUUUGAUGCAAAUCUUGGAAGCAGAUAUUGGUUGACUGUAGGCACAUAAUUUUUUAGUAAGCAGAGCCAUGAAGAGUGGGUCUGGAUGAUGGGAAUUAUUUUUGUCUCAUGCUUUGUGUAUUUUACAAGUUCAUUUGAUUAAACCGGAAAUGAGCAAAAGAUUCAA